GGAUUGAAUUGUCAAUACCAUAAAAGGAGAUGAUGACAAUGUGUCCCCUUCAGCGGUACAUGUGUGCACUCGCUAGCAAUUCACAAGUCCCUUGCCGCAUCUUUCUCCCAUAUUAAGCCGAGCCCCCGGAUGCAACAUCCUCACAACAUCUUAUCUCAAGUCCAUAGAAUUAGAAUUCCUUGUUUCUUCUCUCCUCCACCUUCUUGUUCUCCUGUGCCAUAGCCAUGGCUAGGAAGUGUUCUAGCUGUGGGAACAAUGGCCACAACUCUAGAACCUGCAGCGGGCACCGGAACCUGGAGAACAGCAGCGUCUGCGGCGGCGGUGUGAGGCUGUUCGGGGUGCAGCUGCAGGUUGGCUCUUCUCCCAUGAAGAAGUGCUUCAGCAUGGAGUGCUUGUCAUCUUCGGCACCGGCGUAUUACGCGGCUGCUCUUGCUGGUGCCUCCAGCUCCUCGCCGUCCGUGUCGCCGUCGUCGUCGCUUGUCUCGGUGGAUGAGACCGCCGAGAAGAUGACCAAAGGGUACCUCUCGGAUGGGCUGAUGGGCAGGGCUCAAGAGAGGAAGAAGGGCGUUCCAUGGACCGAGGAUGAACACCGGAGAUUCCUAGCAGGCCUCGAGAAGCUCGGGAAAGGCGACUGGCGGGGCAUCUCCCGGCACUUCGUCACGACGCGAACACCGACGCAGGUCGCCAGCCAUGCCCAGAAGUACUUCCUCAGGCAGAGCAGCCUCACGCAGAAGAAGAGAAGGUCCAGCCUCUUCGACGUGGUUGAAAACGGCUACAAGACGAGUGUGGCCGGACGCUUGAAACUGAGAAACGAGACCAGCUCUAUGUCCGAAAUGGAAUUCCCUGCUCUAUCUCUCGGCAUCAGCAGGCCAAAGCCUGAACAUACCCUGCCUCCAAACCUAUUUCUGACGCCACGGUGCUCGUCGGCAAUAAGCAGCAGCACGUCACCAAACCUUGCACCGAAACCGCCUUCCCUGAUGAUGCCAAAGCCUCAGGCGAGCCUCCAGGCGCCGGACCUGGAGCUGAAGAUCUCGACCGCCCGGCAGACCGAUCAGACCGGUUCGUCGCCGAGGACGCCUUUUUUCGGAACCAUCAGGGUCACAUAAUCAGAAACAUUGUUUGUUCCUUGAAGAGCUUUUGCUCAUCUGAAGGGGGGGGGGGGGGGUGAGCUUUUCCUAGUGGUGUGUGUGCGUUCUUGGCAAAACGAUGGAUGCCGUCCAUCAUGUUCAUGUAUCAUCAGAAGACGAAACUUUACUGGCCUAAUUUAGUCGAGCAAAUAAACAACGGCUGCCACUCCCUUUUGGCCUCUUUAUGUUGACACAAAGGCAGUGCAGAGUGGGUUUGUUUUAUGGGCUGGGGAUGAUGAAAGAUGAGCUCAUGAUAUUCACUUGUUCA